AUGUUGAUGAUGGGAUACUUCCGGGCACCGAAGCUGGGCCUGGGCGGGAGGAAGUCGUCGUCGCCGGAGAGGGACGGCCAGAGCCUGCGCGCGGCGCUGCUCCUCGACGGCGAAUCGACCGGCACGGUGCCCAAAGGGUACUUCGCGGUGUACGUGGGCGCGGAGGCUCGGCGGUUCGUGGUGCCCAUGAGCCUCCUCUGCCAGCCAGCCUUCCGGGCGCUCAUGGAGCGUGCCGCCGAGGAGUUCGGGUUCGGCCAGGCCGGCGGGCUCCGCAUCCCCUGCUGCGAGGAGGACUUCGUCGCCACCGUCGCGGCGCUCCUGCCCGAUGAGUCGAGGCAGCGGCGCCGGAGCGCGGUCGGCGGGAGGAGAAGCGCGUCGGUGAACUGGUGA